CCCCUCUCUCUCUCUCUCUUUCUCUCUCUCUCUUUCCUAAUCAGCGUUAUCACCCUAAUGACAAAGCACAAAAGGGGACAAAGGGACGCUGGCAGGAAACGCACAAUCCUUCCUUAUUCCCCCUUCAUCCUCCCAGCAAUCAGGACGUGCAGCCUUGGUGAUACGUAGACUCUGCUGCAGAGAGAGAGAGAGAGAGAGAGGAGAAAUAAAGAAAGGGAGAGAAAAAGAGAGAGAGAGAGUCAAGAUGGUGCAGUUUAAUGGAACGUACAAGCUUGAGAAGAAUGAAAACUUGGACGCAUUUCUGAGUAAGAUGGACGUGGGGUUUAUGAAGAGGAAGAUGGCUGGGUCCGUGAAGCCCUCAGUGGUGAUAGAGGUGGAGGGUGACAAGUGGAAGCUGGUCACCCACACACCCGCCAGCACCAUCACCUGGGACUUCACCCUGGGCACUGAGGUCACCCUACCCACUAAUGAAGGCAGAGAGGUGAAGGCGGUGUUCACGCUGGAGGGCAACAAGCUGAUCCAGAGAAGCCUCACUGGGAAGGAGGCGGAGGUGGACAACGUGAGGGAGUUCACUGACGACGCCUUCAUAAUGCACUUGACACACAAGGAAUCUGGGUUGAAGUGCACCAGGACAUUCAAGAGGACGUGACGCGCUCUCCCUGCUCUCCCACCUCUCCCACUUCUCCCUCAGGUGAAGUGCGCACCGGCGGGGGUCGUGUGAGCGGGGACGUGAGGUGACAUGGUGGUGGUGGUGGUGGUGGUGGUGGUGGUGGUGUGUAGGAAGGUCAAUAAAAGAGUGGCGGUGC